AGGAACGCCACAGCCGCCAGCCAGUCCGCCCGGCCCGGCUGACAGGUGACCACGGCUUCGGUGCCCCACGUCCUCGCAGCCAGCACGUCGAGUGAGCGGCCACGUGGCCCACGCCUCCCGACUGUUCCACUGCGGCGUGUUACCCAGAUUGCGUAACUCCGCCUCGCCCGCUCCGCCCGACGCGUGUGCCACCGUGCGGCCAUCACGUGCCUGGGCCUCCACGUGCAGCGGCGGCCACCGCGUCACCUCCUCAAGUGCCAGUAUCUUGCGAACGCCACUUCCCAUUAGCUCUCGAUCGGCGCCUCCGCCGACGCUGGAGUAUGCGGGAGACCGCCCGCUCAGGGAUCUCAGGAGCUUCAGUUACGCCGUCUGUUGUGAAUCACGAUGCCGCGGACGCUCACCUGAGAAGCUUUCGGUCCUUCGCUCAGCAUGCCGUCCCUCGACUUCCUGCCUUGCUGCGAUGAAUGCUGCGGCGACGAUGAGGCGCCCGUGGAGUGCGACGCCGCGUGCCCUUCCAAAUCGCGCCACAGCAUCCAACUGCCGCGGAGCUUCGCUUCCCUGAACGCCCUGGCACAGACUCUGCCUCCUCCCGGGCCUUCUCCUGCGUCAGGCAACGCAGUCCCUCGUGCCAGCGUGACCGUGGGCGUGAUGGUGGGCGCCAUGGCCGUGGUCGAGGGCGGGCGCGUGUGUCGACGGACGAAGCGCGAGGGCGGGAGAUCGUACGUGUGUCGCGUGUGUGAGCGGAGAUUCCCGCGGGCGUACCUCCUGCUGGUGCACGAGAGAACCCACACGCCCCUCACCUGUCCCGUCUGCGGCAGGACCUUCAGGCGCUCGGAGCACCUCAGGAUGCACAGAGAGACACACGGCGGGAGCAAGAGGACCACAUAGGCCAAAACGACGUGCCUCCGUGUCUGCGUGCCUACCUGCCGCCCACAGAGCCGCCCAAGUUAAGCACUCGCUGCUGCCCAUAAGCCGCCCCCGCCCCGUCUCCCCAGGCAGCGGGGAUACACACUCGCUCGCCCUCCGCCGCCUAAGCUCAGCCAUAGAGGAUUUCCAUAAUCUACUCACGUCUCGGCCGACU